CGGAUUCCUUUCUGAUAUUUUCUGUUUUGAAUAUAUAUGGUUUCCUAGAAUAUUUGUUUUCCCGUUAAGAAUUAUUGUGUAUUUAUUACGUAGAUUCCUAUUCCCUCAUUUAAUUUUUUGUGCCUGUAUAAAUUGUAUCAUUCAGACAAUUUAAUAAAUACCAAAAAUACAAUCCUUUUUCAUAUUUUAACACUUUCCAAGAAAAUUGGAAACAAAAAUAGACUCCAGCACAGCGAAAAAAAUAUAAUUUUCUCAGUGGAAAAUGGGUCUGUGGACUGUUCAGGUGAAGAACACAAGCUUAACACCUGUUUGGAUGAUGAGAAACUUGAAACCCAGCUCGGCAAAUUUGGGAAAAGUUGGUGUUUUCGAGAUCAGGCUUUUGAAAACCAGAGUGCUUUUUUCUUCUAACGUUUAUCAUCAUUCUUUGCUUGUCAAAGCAAUGGCUAAGAAGAAUCACGACAACCCAUCUGGAAAUGGUGAUCGAGAGGGAGAUAAUUUGAAACGUAAUAAUUCUUCAGACAACAAAUCCAAUGACACUGCAUCCCAGAAGUCCCAUUGCAUAAACUUGGACUGGAGAGAGUUCAGAGCAAAUCUUUGCUCAGGAACAGAUUACUAUCAAACGCCACAACAUAAGAAUGUACAGAAAUUUCACUGGCUUUUUUAGUCAGUAGAUCUCUUAUUCAUGUUUUUCCAACAUAAGAAGUUUGCUAGUUAAUAGCUCUUGUAUGUAAUAAUACUUAUUAUCUGAUUAUGCUAAUUAAAAGUCUUUGUC